GUCUCGGACUGGAGCAUGUUUGCUGAUUUGGUUCUCUGAAGAAACCCUUCAUGGUCUCUCUGAGUAUAUGCCUUCCUAAUAACCCCUUAUAUUUCACAAACAAUCAUGAAAUUUUUAUCAGCACGCUGCUUCUUGCAGCUGCGCUGGAAUGAGAGGAUUAGAGCGUGUUGAAACUAGGCUGCCGUGCGCGAGACGAGCGCGGGAUGCUAUAGUGCACAGGUUAAUUUCAUUAAAACGCCAACUCGGGACCGGGAGAUGCCGCCGGGGGAGCUUAUCAUUCAGCUGGCCAACAGAAGGAAAGUCUCGGUAAAAUACGACUCGAGCAGCCGGCUUCACGAUGGCUUCUUCUGAAGAACGAUGUCUCGGAGAAGCUGGGGAAUCUCGGCCCCCGGUGGGCAGGAUAAUGAUGCUGGCGAGGAUGUGAGGAAACAAUUCUCUCUCCUUCUCCCUCUGCGUUUCUACGGCUGUGGAAGAGGAGGGGGAAAUCGCUGAUCCGUUUCCAGCCAACGGAUUCCAUUUGAGGAGCGACACUUGCGACGCACACAGGUGCCCGUUUCUUUCCAGUGUGGUAGUGAAGGCGUGUGAGUGUUUGUGUAUUUGCACUGGUAUAAAUGAGUGAGAUUAGAGAUGUCAAAAGGGGACAGCGCAGCCUCCAUCAUAGAUUGAUUGAAAGGCUGAAAACAACAGGGUGAAAGAGCAAGAGGGAACAGAUUCCGAGAGGGUGAUAAAUACUCAUAAGGCACAGCGCUGCUUUUCCGGUCAUUGGGAGAGAGAGAGUGAGAGAGAGAGAGAGAGAGAGAAACAUUUGUGUGACGUGUGUGUGUGUGUGUGUGUGACAGCGUUCCCUCAGUGCGUAGCAGAGAGACAGGUCUGUGCGCUGACACUCACUCCAACGGGCUGAUGCACUCUGGAGCUGCGAGCAGGACCCUCUGGGAGACGUGUGCUGCUCGAACUGUCGGAGAUGCUUUGAAGACUCGGAGCACUGCGCUACACGUGUUGAAUCGCAUACCUGCAUAUCCCUCUGCAUCUUAGAACACUCCACACGCUCGUGCAUUCGCUCAAACCAUGGAUACUCUGGCCAACGACACGGACGGGCUGGAGAACUCCUUGAAGUACUCCAAGUGCGACCAGACGGAGAAGAUGUGGAUUAGGCUGAAAGGAAUGCAGAAGUACAAACGCACAUCUCAAAGAUUGAGAUGUCUGGUGAAGCAGCUGGAUAAAGGGGAGGUGAAUGUCGUAGAUCUGAGGAAAAACAUUGACUAUGCCGCAUCGGUUCUAGAGGCCGUGUACAUCGAUGAAACUAGGCGGCUUCUGGACACCGAGGAUGAGCUCAGUGAUAUCCAGGCAGACUCUGUGCCCAUGGAGGUGCGAGAUUGGCUGGCCUCCACCUUCACCAGGAAGAUGGGAGUGGUGCGCAGACGGCCAGAGGAGAAGCCCCGGUUCCGCAGCAUCGUUCACGCCGUUCAGGCUGGGAUCUUUGUUGAACGAAUGUACAGAAGAACAUCCAACAUGGCAGGGUUGACCUAUCCACCAUCUGUAAUUGCAGCUCUAAAGGAUGUUGAUAAAUGGUCAUUUGACGUCUUCACGCUCCAAGAGGCGAGUAGCGAACACGCUCUGAAGUUCCUGGUGUAUGAACUGCUCACCAGAUAUGACCUGAUCAGCCGCUUCAGGAUACCAGUGUCCUCCUUGGUGUCAUUUGUGGAAGCUCUGGAAAUGGGCUACAGCAAGCACAGAAACCCCUACCACAAUCUGAUCCACGCUGCUGAUGUCACACAGACGGCACACUAUCUGAUGCUACACACUGGCAUUAUGCACUGGCUCACUGAACUGGAAAUAUUGGCCAUGGUGUUUGCUGCUGCUAUCCACGACUUUGAACACACUGGAACGACCAAUAACUUCCACAUCCAGACCAGAUCAGAAGUGGCAAUCCUGUACAACGAUCGCUCGGUUCUGGAAAACCACCAUGUGAGCGCAGCCUACAGACUUAUGCAAGAGGAUGAGAUGAACAUCCUGGUCAACCUCUCGAAAGAUGACUGGAGGGAGCUGCGUACGCUGGUGAUCGAGAUGGUCAUGAGCACAGAUAUGUCCUGCCAUUUCCAGCAGAUCAAGACGAUGAGGAACACGCUGCAGCAGCCGGAGGGAAUAGACAAAGCUAAAGCGAUGUCCCUGAUGCUGCACGCGGCCGAUAUCAGCCACCCCGCUAAGGGCUGGAAGCUGCACUACCGCUGGACACAAGCUCUCAUGGAGGAGUUCUUCAGACAGGGUGACAAGGAGGCAGAACUAGGGCUGCCGUUCUCUCCACUAUGUGACCGGAAAGCCACCAUGAUUGCCCAGUCACAGAUAGGGUUCAUCGAUUUUAUCGUCGAACCCACAUUCUCUGUUCUGGUCGACACAACAGAGAAGAUCAUUAGUCCUCUCAUAGAGGAAGCUGUGAAAUCUGGGGGUGUCCGCAGGUCAAGUUUGACGGGUCGGGGCUCGGCCACGGUGGUGGAGUCGGUACAGAGACACAGCGGUCGGGGUUCGAACGACGAGCAGGGAGGCACUACAGACUACUCUCUGUGCGGCAUCGACCUGAAACAAGUCCGACACCUGCUCUCCGAGAUCAUCCAGAACAACAAGGAGCGCUGGAAAGAGCUUUCUGUUCAAGAGUUGGCCAAUAAGCAACAUGAGAGAAUGUCAGACCUGGAAGAGGAGUCCAUGAGGAACACACAAGUCACACUGUCCUGCAGCAGUCCAGCCAGAGGGAGUCUCGACUCGGAGUCAAAGUCCCUGAAUGAAAUUAACAACACGGACUCAACUCACUCUUCCCAGGACUCUCUGGACCAGAGUUCCCAGUCCCCUUUGGAGGGACCGGGCGACGGUUCAUCAGAGGAACACAGCUCAGAAACUCUGCCUUGGAACGGUCUGAGGUGUGGGCUGAUGUAACACUUGCUGUCUUCACCUUCACACACACAGAGGUUGAAAGCACAUUUGAGCUCAGGGUAGGUUAAAUUGUAAAAAGUAAGUUUAUUAAACAGAAAAGCAUCAAAAAAGAAGACUGCAUCUCACUUACUGUGUCAGUCAGGAAUGACAGAAACACCUCUGUUGAAAUCAACACUUUUCAAUGCUUUUCAGUUGAAAUUUAACUUAAGAACUUUAGUUUAUUUUUAAGGGUCAAGCAUUUACAUUUUUUCUUGCAUUGAUGUUAUUUUCAUUACAAUUAAGCACGUUUGUCCCCAAAGUAUUAUUACAAUGCAAAAAUUCACAUCCAUACUAUAUAAAAAAAAAAAUUUGUUUUUUGCUUUUAAAACCCAUCAUAAAUUCAGUACAACAAAUACCACCAUAAAAACUGUACAAUGUAUGUAUUUGUAAGUAUAAUUGUAAUUUUAAUAUAUCAUUUUUUUGUGUGUGUGUUAAUGAGAAUAGUACAGGGGAAUUUUAAUUGUCAAGAAAUUGUCAUCAUGCAAAAAAAAAACAAAAAACACAAAAAAAUGGCUUUAUUUUUUAUGCAAAAAAAAAAUUCAUUUAAAAUUUUUUUCUUUUGAUUUUUUUGGGGGGGAAAUGUACCUAUAUUUCUUAGUUUUGUGAGAUUCACCUAAUUGUUAAGGCUUUAUAAACUUUAUAAAUGUGCUACUGAAGUCAACAAUACAGAGAGACCGAGA